UGUCCAAGUUGGGUGCUCCUAUGGCAUAUAUGUGAGGAGGCUGCCAGGUCCCUGCUGCUCAAAACUCUGCCAGUUUUUAGGAAGUGCUGUUGUGACAAACGCCUGCACACGAGACCCCAGUGGGCCAGGACUGACUUCCUCCCCACACAGGGCUGGGCGGGGCAAGCAGGAAGGGGCCUGUUACAGUCAAGGUGACGCAUCCUUGCCGGGCCAGCCCGAGCAGCAGCUGGGUCGGCAAGCGACAGGAGCACGGGUCAUCUUUUCCCCGGGGGCGUCGGAAUGGACCUGUGCCACCCAGAGCCCGCGGAGCUGAGCAGCGGGGAGACGGAAGAGUUGCAGAGGAUCAAGUGGCACCGGAAGCAGCUCCUGGAGGACAUCCAGAAGCUGAAGGAUGAGAUCGCAGAUGUGUUUGCCCAAAUCGACUGCUUCGAGAGUGCGGAGGAGAGCCGGAUGGCCCAGAAGGAGAAGGAGUUGUGCAUUGGGCGCAAGAAGUUCAACAUGGACCCCGCCAAGGGUAUCCAGUAUUUCAUUGAGCACAAGCUUCUGACCCCUGACAUCCAGGACAUUGCACGGUUCCUGUAUAAAGGCGAGGGCCUCAACAAGACAGCCAUUGGUACCUACUUGGGGGAGAGGGACCCCAUCAACCUGCAGGUCCUCCAGGCCUUUGUGGACUGCCACGAGUUCGCCAACCUCAACCUCGUCCAGGCCCUCAGGCAGUUCCUGUGGAGCUUCCGGCUGCCGGGCGAGGCCCAGAAGAUAGACCGGAUGAUGGAGGCCUUUGCCACUCGAUACUGCCUCUGCAACCCGGGCGUCUUCCAGUCCACAGACACCUGCUACGUGCUGUCCUUCUCCAUCAUCAUGCUCAACACAAGCCUCCACAAUCCCAACGUCCGGGACAGGCCGCCUUUCGAGCGCUUUGUGUCCAUGAACCGCGGCAUCAACAACGGUAGCGACCUGCCCGAGGACCAGCUGCGGAACCUCUUUGACAGCAUCAAGAGUGAGCCAUUCUCCAUCCCUGAGGACGACGGCAAUGACCUCACUCACACCUUCUUCAACCCAGACCGGGAGGGCUGGCUGCUCAAGCUGGGGGGCCGCGUGAAGACGUGGAAACGGCGCUGGUUCAUCCUGACCGACAACUGCCUCUACUACUUCGAGUUCACCACUGACAAGGAGCCACGGGGAAUCAUACCUCUUGAGAACCUCUCAGUGCAGAAGGUGGACGACCCCAAGAAGCCAUUCUGCCUGGAGCUCUACAACCCCAGCUGCCGAGGCCAGAAAAUCAAGGCCUGCAAGACCGAUGGCGACGGCAGGGUGGUGGAAGGCAAGCAUGAGUCGUACCGGAUCUCAGCCAGCAGUGCUGAGGAACGUGACCAGUGGAUCGAGGCCAUCCGAGCCAGCAUCACCCGUGUCCCCUUCUAUGACCUGGUCUCUACUCGGAAGAAGAAGAUUGCCAGCAAGCAGUGAGAUUCCUGGAGGUGGCACUGGAAAUGGCACUGGGGGCUGGUCACCCUGAGAGUCCCAACGCCUGCAGCGCCUGGAGACCCACCUCCACCCCAGUGCACUCUUUUGGGCCACAGACAUCAUUGCUCUGUCAGUUACCUCGAGCUGACUCUAGAGGGGAAGGCAGAGCUCAGGAGGGUGGGUGGGAGCUGCAGUGGACUGAGUCCAGCAAUGAGGCCCCCUGGCCUGGGCACCCGGCUGCAGGCCCCUGCCCUACGUGCACUACAGGAAGGGAUGAGGAGAGCAGCCACAGGAAAACCAGCCCCAGAAUGCUGCAUCUUCUCUUCUCUCUGGACUUCGGUGUCCUCAGCUCUGAAGGCGCUCUCUGCACUCAGAUGCUGUCAGCCCUCAACGUAGGAGGGGGCCGUGGGGUCCCUAAGUGCUUCUUCUCCCUGGCAAGGCUUUUCCUUUUCAGGGAUAUCUCUGCCAGCCCCUCCCCUGUCCUCAGGUUGGGCUUGGCCCUCUCUGCCUGAGAGAGCUCAGCACACACACACAGCUCAGACCCACGGACAGGACCCCGGGACAGAACCCCGGGAGCACUGCCCUAGGAGCCCAGACCCCACGAGCUCAGUCCCAGCUCCGCCUCUGACUCGCUGUGUGCCCUCUGCCAAGUCAUGCCCAUUCUCUAGUUCUUGUAAAACUGCAGUAUUUGGACUAGAAACGUCUUGGCCUCUGCUAGCCCUGUGUUCCAGCUUCCAGCUGGAGAUGGCAGCCCUUGUUUACGGAGCCUGGGCAGACUCUGGAUUCAACGUUGCUGGGGAGAGAAGAGCAGUAUAGACCCCACCUUCCAGGAUGUCCAUUUCGGGGAGAGGAGCAGGUGGGACCCUCAAGAACAUGACGGAGAACAUCCCAGACAGAUGGGACUCGAGCAGGAUGGGUGCUAUAUCCAAGAAGCCAAGAAGAGAGAGUUUAGUGCACUGUGGUUACCAGGAGGGCUGCCUGGAGGCAGUGGCUGAGCCAGCAAGUAACACAGAGCUCAUGCUUGGAGAGGCAGAGUCUUGGCCAUGGCUUUCCUGCGAGACCACUGGCCAGCAGUCCCGUGGUGAUAAAGGGCAGCCCGGCGGGUCCCAGCAUCUCGAGACCCUCUGCAGCAGUAUCAUCAGAGGAGAGCUGACUUCCAGUACCCGGGCAGCCAGCUCUGUCUCCAGGGAGGCCUGGCCUGGAGGAGGAGUCCACUAACAGGAAACACUUCUCACCCCCUCACAUAGGCCCAGGGGAGCCCCUGGAGGGAAAUUCCUUGGCAGGGGAACAGGAAAUGUGGUCGCCUCUGCCCCACUGCCAGCCUGAGUGGGCAAAGAAGCAUGUGGAUCCCCCAGAAGGAACCGCAGCUCGCGAGGCGCCUCUCCUUGUCCCCACCCACGCCCACAUUUGCACACCUUCCACAGGGUCAGGAUGGAGUAGCUGCCUUGCGAGGUGGUGAGACUCCUGUCUCUGGAGGUCUGCAAGCACCUGGUAGUGAUUUGCACCAGACAAGGUCUGGGUUGGGCAUCUGCACGAGGAGACCUUGUGGGACAUUUGAGGACAUCCACAGAUUCUUGUCAGCCUGUGAACUAAGCCCUGCCUCUGUCACCUCAUUGGUCCAUGAAGGAGCAGCCAGGGGUGGUGGAGGAGCACUGGGCUAGGGGUCAGGGGUCAGAGAUUCUGUCCUGCUCCUGGGAUACACUGGCUACUCCCUUAGUCUACUCCUUUCCCCUCUCUGGUCCUCAGCUUCCUCCAUCAUGGAGGGGAUGGGAUCAUGGAUUUUCUGGGCAUAAGUGGCUGUUCUGGGAGUCACUCCAAAGAGAGAAUAAAACUCUUGAUCCAA